UACAAGCAGGAGUCGGCGAGUGACCAGGACGCGAUGACGUCGCUCGUGAAGUUCACGGAGGCUGCCAAGACUGCGGAGGCUGCCACGGCCAACGCGGAGGCGGCCAAGGCCGACGCGGAGGCCGCUAAGAAGCAGGGCUGGAGGGAGCUGGCCUGGACGCGAGAAGAUUGCAGCGACAGCAUACUGUACAUUGAAUGGGAUACUGUGCGCUAAUACUUUGUUAAUGGCUUAUGUAUUAGCGCAGCAAAGCAGUCGGCAGUGACAGUUGGCUCACAGGCUUUUCCGGCGAUGGGACCCCGCGUAGGGGACAAUGCCGUGGGACAACGCGUAGGGCAUGCACGAUGGGCUGUGAGGGGCUGUAAGGACUGCGGCCACUCAGCAGGCAGGAACAUAAAAAUGGGGGGGGUGCAAGGAUGGUUGGAAAAGCGGUACAGGAUGCACUGAAGACUGCAGACGAAGUCGUUACCACAUGAGGGGCCGUGGGGGGGGACUGUGCGCAUUCGGUGGUACAUGGGAGACAGGAGGGACGUUCCACAGUGCUAGUGCUGGCCUCUGCCGGUAGCCGGUCUGGCGUCUGGCGGCCCCGUCACCGCUGUGGCGGUGGCGGUGGCGGUGGCGGUGGCCCCGGUGCGGCAUUGGGCCUGCUGGGACCAGGGUCCGCCGGGGGAGGUCGCUCCUGACCCGACCCUUAGAGUGCAUUCGAAGGAGAGCGUGUAGCGCCAGGGGACAGGGGAGGGGGACCAUGAGGAGUUGACGGACAGUUGGUCGAAGAAAAGCGUGCAGGGCCAGGGGAGGGGGGAGGCGGACCAGGGGAGGUGACGGGCAGAGAUCCUUGAGGCAUGAGGACUUCAGUACGGUGCUCGUCACAGUGGUACCUGCCUGUGUGUCGGCCCUGUACUUGGGGCCUUAUCGUUCGGGGACUGACUCUUCUCGUAAUGUCGCAUUCAUGUCGUUGCAAAUGUCAGGGAAGCGUUUCACCAUGGAGCCGCAAGGGAGCCGCGCUUUCCUUCGAAUAGCAGCCACCAGAGGUAAACAGGGGAGGCUCCCCUGGAGGCAACCUGGGCUACUUUGGAUCCGGCCACCGUUCAAAAAGGGGGGAUUUCCGCAAGGGCUGAAAGUGCUCCUAAGAGUGUUGGGUUGGGAGUGUUGGGUUGGGAAUGUGUUUAGGUGGGCGCCUUCGUCUCAAUCGUCC